AUGGUGCUGGAUUACUCGAAAUGGGACAAGAUUGAACUGUCGGACGACUCGGACGUGGAGGUGCAUCCCAACGUGGACAAGAAAUCGUUCAUCCGAUGGAAGCAACGAGACAUCCAUGAGAAGAGAGAUCGAAAUAAGAUGGAGAUUGCGUCGCUGGAGCUCACCAUGAAGAUCGAUGUGGAGCUGGUGGAGCGUCUGGACAAGCUGCUUAGUCUGCCUCAGGCGCAGCUGGCCAAAGACUCCAUUGAGGAGCUGCUGGUCAAGUCCAAAGAGGGUCUCAAGGCCAAAGAUACCCCCACCGCGCCCAAUCCCCAGAAAGAAGGGGAGCAGAUGAACUGUGACGACAUGCUGGAGAGUCUUCUGGACAUGAUCAAACCCGACGUGGAUACCGACAACGGCGCCACCUUCUACGACAAGCUGAAGGAACAUAGAGACAAGCUGGUGGACCACGACAAGAGCCACCGAGAGCGCCUAGCCGAGCUCUACGACGAAAAGGCAAAGUACAUCACCUCCGAGGACGUGCACGAUGUCUACAACUCUACAGUUUUGAACAAGACUGCAGAGCCCGAUGCUGGAGAAGACGAUCUGGCCGAUCUGGAACGGCCCAAGAAGACCGAGACCACCAUGGAGACUCUCAACAGUCCUGGACAGUCGACUUCUUCUGACGCUCCUGUUGAGAGCACGCUGGCCAAGGCUUCUGACGACACAGAUGAUGACUAUUCUGAUCCGUCUCCUGCUGCCCGCAAGUUUGCCGAGAUUCCCGCUGAUGAUCUCAAGGAGUGCUACCGGUUUGUUUCGAAACACCCCGAGAUUUGCACCGAGAAGGAGAAGGAUGCGCUGGUUAUGGAGGGGUUCCAACUGCAACUUGCCGGCAAGACUGCCGACAUGGAGAGAACGGUUCACAAUGCCAUUUUAUUGCAGUACUGUGCGCAGCUGGGCCCCAACGGCUACAGAAACUUCUUUGAGCGGAUCCUGCAACCUCAGGGCCACCCCGCUCUCGAGGUGCUCAAGAAAGACGUGGCGUUCACCAUCAACCAUGUCAAGACGCGGUGCGAGAUUCUCAAGAAGGAGAGCGAGGAGGAAAAUGAGCAGAUCCAGCUGCAUGCCGUCGACCCCAACACGGAGAUUGUGGUGAACCAGCCGCCCCAGGAUGACGCGGACGCCAUGAAGGUUUUUGGCGAGCUGUCGCCUGAGAUGCAGAAGGCGGUCGAGUCCGGCAAGCUGGAGGAAAUCAACAAGGUUCUGGCCAACUACUCGGUGGAAGAUGCCGAGAAGGUGCUGCGAAUGUUCGAUGAAUGCGGCAUUCUCGCCGUGGAGGAAAAGAUCUACGAUGCAACCGAGUGGCAGAAGCAGAACAAGGACAAGGAGGUCCGGGAUAACGUGGACCAGAUUGUGCACAAGGAGGAGUGA